UCCAGAGCGGAGCGAGACAGGAGCACAGAGUGCAGAGAGAGAAGGAGGGGACAGACUGAGACACACACACACACACACAGAGACAGAGAGAGACAGAAGGAGCAGAGAGGAGCGGAGUGAAUGUUCAAGCCCACUGUGCUCCCCGCUACACUCCUGAGUCUGUGGAAUGGACGGAUUAACCCGUGGGAUUUAAACACGCUGGAGCUCGAGCUCAUGAGGAGGCGUCCAAUCAGGAGAAGAUCAGGAUUCAAAGGAGCCGUGGUCUAAAUGGGUCCGGUCAUGCCUCCCAGCAAGAAGCCGGAAGCUUCCGGGGUGAGCGUGACGAGUGGCUUGAGCCAGCUCUACCAGGUGGGCUCCAUCACUCGGGCGCUGUGUGAAGACGACGAACUGGAGCUGGCGUUGCCCGUUCCCACCAUCAAGUUGGAGAAAUCAGGUGCUGAGGAUGAGGAGCUGACCAACCUCAACUGGCUGCAUGAGAGCAAGAACCUGCUGACGAGCUUCGGCGACCCGGUGCUGAGGAGCGUGAGCCCCGUGCAGGAGCCCGACGACGACCCGCCUCCUUCUCCCGCCACCUCCGACCUCGCCUACGACGCCAAGCACAACCCCAACUGCAAGCCGCCAUACUCCUUCAGCUGCCUCAUCUUCAUGGCCAUUGAGGACGCGCCCUCCAAGAGGCUUCCCGUCAAAGACAUUUACAACUGGAUCCUUGAGCACUUCCCCUAUUUCGCCAACGCCCCGACCGGCUGGAAGAACUCCGUCAGACACAACCUCUCGCUCAAUAAGUGUUUUAAGAAAGUGGACAAAGACAGAAGUCAGAGUAUCGGGAAGGGUUCCCUGUGGUGCAUAGACCCAGAAUACAGACACAAUCUCAUCCAGGCGCUGAAGAAGACGCCUUAUCAUCCCUACUCCCAAGUGUUCACCACACCUCCCACCUCUCCUCAGGCAUAUCAAAGCCUGUCCAGUCCUCCAGUAUGGCCAGGGAAUCACUUCUACCGAAAAAACAAAGGAGUCCUUCUACCAGUCCCUCAGGGAGUGAUCCGGAACGGAGCUUGUAUGAUGAGCCCGGGCCUUUUCCCAGGAAUUCGACCUCUUCCCAUCAAUCCCAUUGGCAGCAGAGCGGCCGCCGUCAGGUCCGUCCUGGCCGGCUGCAGAAUUCGCAGUGAAAGCGAGCCAUCCUGCGACUCUCCUCUGGUCAGCAGCGACCCCAAGGAGGACCACAACUACAGCUUUGGCAAAUCUUCCAACUCCACACCCGGAGAGAAAACGCAGCUCGACUGUGGCGCGUCCGAGUUCCACAGUCACGACGCCGCCAGCGACACGGACGACGAUGACAGGGCCAAGAUAAAAAAGGAGCCCAAAGAGUGGGCGGUGGACGCUCUGGCCCUGGCGCAGCACAACAAGUGGCACCAUUUAACAAAAGUCAAACAGAGAGUGUCCAGUGACAUGCUGCCGUUAAAAAAGCGGCGCACAGAGAAGCCUCCAGAAAGUGAUGACGAGGAGAUGAAGGAGGCAGCAGGUUCUCUGCUCCAUCUGGCUGGCGUCAGAGCCUGUUUGAACAAUAUCACCAACCGGACGGCCAAGGGCCAGAAAGAGCAAAAAGAGUCCAUGAAAAAUAACUGAACUGUGUUAUGAGGAAGAGAGAGAGGGGUAAAAAAAAGAGAAACAUCACUUUUAAUAGAAUUUACUAUUUUUUUCCAGGACAUCAGGUGAAUUCUACUGAUUUGUGGCAAUAUCAAAAAUUAACUUUGUUUUCCUAUUCUUAUAGGUGAAGUUAUUGAGGGUUCUUUAUUUUUUAUUAUUUUUAUUUUUUAAUUUUUUUAAAGGAGAUUAAAGCCAUAGCAAAAAAAUUCAGCUGAUUUACUAAUGGGUUUUAUUUGGCUGAUAUCAAGAUUAAGGAAAAGAAAAUUCCACAUGCACUUAGAUGAGGCCGAGUGUCCCGUGAGCAGCCAUGUGGCACUGGACAGCAGGAGUGUGUGUAGGGGGUCCUUGUGCAUGAGGAGUAGUGUACACUUCUCUUAGUGGUGUGGUGGGAGUGCACUCGCUGCCCUGAGCACUAAUCCAAUCCGAGGGCACGGCCCACCGCAUGUUCCUGGAUUACCAUAAAGUUCCCGAGUUCAGCGCUAAUCUGUGUAAUAAAUCCCAAUUCAUGAGCCUUUGUGCUUUUUGGAGGCAAAUAUUCAUUAUAUGUAGGAAAUUUAUAUAUAUAUAUAUAUAUAUAUAUAUAUAUAUAUAUAUAUAUAUAUAUAUAUAUAUAAUUCUCACUGCCCACCCACACUCUUCCCUUAAGCAAUCAGAAGGAGUGUUCUUACUUACACCACAUCAUGUGACCCACUGAUAUUCCUCUUACUAAACGAUAUAAUCAUAAUUCCUGAGACAACCCACGCUACUAAACCUGCCAAUUGUAAUUUACUGAUAAAAAAAAUUAUGAAAUGACUGUGGAAAUGUUUUGUGGGAUUUUUUUAAUUUGUUUUAUUUUUUGUAUAAAUUCUUUCUUAUGUUUUAAUUUUUCUAAUCCUCAUGAUGUAAGAAGCAAUUUCAUCCAGUCAGGAUAACACUGUAUAAAAUGUUACACUAGACUUUUUUGUUUGUUUGUUUGUUUGUUUGUUUUGUUUGUUUGUUUUUCUUUCCUAAUUUAAGCAAUGUAGCCAGCAGGAUUUUUUUUCCUCCAAAAUCGUGUUGCAUGGGUUCUUGUAAAGAAGACGAUCCUUUUUUUUUUAUUAAAAAAAAAAAGUUGUAAGGUAAAUAAUGUAUUUAGCAUGAAGCAUGAAUUAUUUUCAUAUAAAUAUAGAUCCUAGAGAACAAAAAGGCACCGCCUCUAAUCUAAUUUCUAUGCCCAUAGGCCUACAGUCACUUUUCUUUUUUUAUGUUUUAACUUUUUUGUUUUUUGGUCUUGAUUUGUCCUCAUCGCACAAAAGCAGGCAUUUUACAGAAUAACCUUCUUCAGGGACAAACGCUGACUGUUGGGCAACACUCUGUGCAAUAUGGGGACUUCACCUUCUCUUUGAGUCUAGGGCUCUCAGCCCCCUCUCCGCUCUCUCCAUCAGAUCAGCUCCGGUGUGUGUGUGCAUGCGUGUGUGCAUGUGUGCGUGCACGUGUGCGUGUGUGUGUGUGCAUGUGUGCGUGCCUGUGUGUGUACGCAUGUGUGUGUGAGCAAGCGUUGAGUAUAGUUGCUUGGCGCUUAGCUCUGUAAGGACAAGUUGGUAGUGAGUGCCUGUUCCUUUUCUUCCAUGUUUUUGGGGGGGUCUUCCAUUUACACAGCACAGGUAAUACACACGCUCACACACUCUUCCCUCUACGUAGCACUGUUCAGUAUUAAAGUUCUCCCCACAUACACACACACACACUCACACACAAGAUAAUCCCAGAGCAUGUUAUACACUACUGCAUAGUGUACUCUAUUCCACCUAAUUGCACUUUUUAUUAAUUAAAUCUGACGCACUUAGCUUUUAAUACGAGUCUGAUUUUUAAAGUUCAGUGCCAAAGCCGGUUUAGACACAACAACAUGGCCAAUAUACACACACAUGCACACAACAUAGAUUCUUCGAUAAUACUAUGUGAGAAACUUGUAGCAUUUCUGUCAUGUAUAAUACAUAUAAUAUUACACAGUAAUCAUAUCCGUCGCUUUCAUGUUAGACAUUAUUGGCUGUAAAUUGCUCAUCGAGGUGUUUUUAAUAUCCAUAUCAUACACACACUUUAUCCUUAUCAUCGUGAAAUGUUUAUGAUGUCGACCUUGAUCAUUUGUGCCGUGUCCUGUUAGCAUGCCUGUCCCAAUCAUGCACGUAUAUGGACAUUAUCUGUGCCUCAUUAUCAUCAUCAUCAUCAUCAUCACCAUCUCUCCUGAGACCUGAAUUCUCCAUCCUCACACUGCAGAUAAAAUGAAAACAGAGAAAAGGCAGUAUUUGUGAGUCUUUAUCCAUUCUUAUUUAGGAAAAAGGGAACACUCACUACGUAACUUUUCCUUUUUUACGAAUAUCUUCCGAAGGCAAAACCGUGAGAGGCUGAAAAGGCAAGUGGAGGCGCAUCAGAAAUCUCAACCCAAGCCAGGCAAAUAACAGUCAAUACCAGUCUUCUCCUUGUGUUUCCUUGUGUUUUGUCAUUGUUUGUUAUUAUUAUUAUUAUUAUUAUUAUUAUUAAAAGCUUCAUGUUGUUUCAUGUUGUUAGGGUUUUUUUUUUUUCUUUCAAGCGAGUAGAAUUGAGUCUCAGUUGGUUCGUUCUAAAUUUUUUGAGGUCUGAUGGCAUGUGCACCCUGAUAAAGUGUCGAUAUGGAGGCAUUCUUGCACUCUAUUUUCCUUGUUGUGUAAUCAUAUUGCCAAAGACAAUUUCAUCAAUCUGUAAAUAUCACUUUGUCCAUUACUAUGAAAAAAAAGAUUCCUUUUAAUUUUUAUUUGAUUUUGUGUUCCUUCGUUAUUUCAACCUGCCAUCACGUUUAUGUGCUGUAUUGUCUUCCAGUUGCAAUAAAGAAAAAAAAGAGUUGCAAAGGCGAA